AUGUCGCAGUUCAUGCCAUACGGAGGCUUUAAGUGGGUUGAACCCAAACUAGAUGGGUUAAAUGAUUUGGACGAAAGAUCACAGAUCGGUCGAAUAUAUGAAGUUGAUAUUUCGUAUCCGAAAGAUCUUCAUGAUAAACAUAAUGACUUUCCGUUCCAGCAGAAAAAUAGUGUUUCGCCUGGCUCUAAGGUCAAGAAACUUAUGGCGACAUUAGAUUCAAAACAAAAUUAUGUGAUACAUUACCGGAACCUUCAGCAGGCCAUUAAAAACGGGAUCUUAAUUGAAAAAGUUGACAGAGUUGUACAGUUUGAUCAGUCAGACUGGCUUAAAAAAUACAUAGAAUUAAACACCGAGAUGCGGAAAAAAGCGAAAAACAACUUUGAAAAGGACUUUUUUAAACUUUUAAACAAUGCCGUUUUUGGAAUGACCAUGGAAUCAAUGAGGCGGAGAAUUAAUAUAGAGCUGGUGUCUAGUGAAAAACGUUUGCAAAAACUCAUAAACCGUACAACAUUCAAACACUGUACUACAUACGAUGAAACUCUCAACGCGGUUUCAUUGGAAAAUAAAAUAAUAGACUUUUGCAAGCCUAUUUAUAUAGGCUUUGCAGUGUUGGAAAUUUCUAAGACCUUCAUGUACGAUUACCACUAUGAGGUUAUGCAAGCCCAUUAUGGAAGUAAAAUUAACCUCAAGUACACUGAUACAGAUUCAUUUGUAUACUAUAUUCAGACUGAUGAUUUUUACAAAGACCUGGAGAAUAAUUCCGAUUUACACGAUCGAAUGAACACAUCAGACUUGCCACAAGACCAUCCAUGCUACAUUUCCGAACGAAAGAAAAUCCCAGGUCUGUUUUCCGAUGAGACAAUGGGAGAGGUAAUGACACAUUUUUGUGCACUCCGCGCAAAGUUUUAUUCAUAUAAGCUUAAUGGGAAGGAAAAGAUCAGAGCAAAAGGAAUCCGUGGGCAUGUGGUUAAAAACCAUAUGAACUUCAACGAUCAUUAUCGAUGUCUGUUUGGAGAUUCAACCUUGGAUACAAUGACAAAGAAUGUCUCUAUUCGGUCGUUUAAACAUGAAUUGAAGACCAUUAAAUCUAUCAAAUUAACAUAUAAUAGUUUUGACGACAAGAGGGUUAUUCUAGAAGACAAAAUCCAUACCUUGGCUUACGGACAUUACUUAACAAAGUAA